CGCCCAUCGUUUUGCCUUUUGCCUCUAGCCUUUGCUGCUGUUUUGUAUUUCCCCCAAAAUCAAAACGCACCGCCGACCAUUUCCUUGAUGCAAACACAUCUAAAAUCUAAAUCUCAAUCUCGUUCUCUUCGUUCCCGGAGUUGUGGUUGAUGGCAAGAACCAACAAGUACACCUCCAUCAACUUCAAUCACGUUCUCGAAAGAAAUAUCUCUCCCGCCACCUCCGCCACCAACUCAACUAGACAACCUUCCUCUUCCUCUUCUUAUUCUUCGAUCGCUUCUUCAAAUACUAGUAACAAAGCUCUGUUACCUUCCUCCAGAAGCCAUGGCCGCAUGCUUGUUCUUACCAAACCCACUCCCAAACCCGUGACCUCAUUGUUGCCUUCACCUCCUUCGUCGCACCAACAACUACAGACUUCUCCUUCUCAAAUUCCUGAUCCACCACUGACGGAUUCGGGUUCUGACCCCAUUUCGCUGCGACCUCUAGGACGAACUGGUACGGGUUCAGAGUCUUUCGCGCCUGUUCUUGUUCCGGAGAAGGAGAAGGAAGCUAGUUCGGUUAUUGUAUCACCCAAACCGAACAAGUUUGUGCCACCGCAUCUUAGGCCGGGUUUUGCGGGCAAGGAGGAGAGGCCCACGCCGGAGGUUGUGCGGGCGAGGGAGUCGGGUCAAAAGCAUUUUGGAUCUCCAGGUCGGUAUGUUGAUGAUGGGCGGCCCAAGUCAGGUGGAUAUGAGAGGACGAGGAGAGGUGGCGAGUCGGAUCUGGGUUUGCUGAAUCGACCCACAUCGAGUGGGAAUCGACGUAGUUAUACUGAACCAUGAAAUUCUUGGAAGGGAAUCUCUUUCCUGAGAAUGGAUGUGAACUUUCCUGAAACAUUGGAUGGGUUCUUUACUGUGAUCAGAUACGUCCUUUGAUAGUCUGAAUUGGCAGGGCUUUUUGGGAAGAUCAGUCAAAUUUCAAUUAAUGGAAAACUAGGUGGAAGUUGUUGGGACUUCUAAUUCCAAAUGAUGGAAUUAGAUCUAAGUUUGUAAUUUUGUGAUGAACGAGAGAGGUCUGAAGAUCCCAGUCCCAUUCAUUACUUGGUAGUUGGCUCUUCUUUAUUGUUUAAACAGACCACAGUACCUGCGGAAGCUAGAAAUUAGUUGUGUGAUUUUUUAUGUGUAAUUGUUAUGAGGGGGAGCAUUGUGCACUGCUUAUUAAUGUGCAGAGGCUGUACUUUAGAUAUUACUUAUUGUUUCACCUAUUUCUGUCACAUUGUGUCUUUAUUAAUGGAUUUUAUUCCCACGUUUUCUA